AUGUCUUCCAACGAAAUCGAGAUGGCGCCGCAAGACACGCCUGACUCCCUCGUUAAUCUAUCAGUUUCCGUUGGCCAUGAGGAACCGGCCCCCAUCACUCCGCCCCCCCGUUCUAAUCAUCGCACACCCAGCCCGGAUGAUACUUCCCGAGGCCCCAACCCGUCGAUCGACAUAUGGAUCCGAUACCGCUUUUACUCUGAUGUUCAGAUCGUUGGCGAGUCGGAAACGCUGUACAAGCGCAUCACAAACAGGGGCCCUAUGCCCCCUAUGGACCUACACUUUAAAGAUAUGACUCUUUCCUUGUUCAAGACGUUCGUAUUCGAACACCUGCGCAACGAAAGCAAAUCCAAAUAUCCGAUUGACAUGAUAGCAACUCAAGCCGAGCGGGCUGCGGUGCUACACUGGGCCUACAUGGUAGAAGAACCAAACGGCUCCAAUUGGUCGACGGCGCACCCCGUUCCAAUGGCUGAUUUCCAAGAUUUCCAACGGUUUAUUCGAGCGGCGGAGAACUCGUCUUGCGCGGCCAAGGUUGCGAUCUAUCUCGAAAUGCCGGAGGAUACUAACAAAUCCGAUCCUUGGGCGGUUCUUACUUUGAUUGUCCAUCCCGGUCGUACUAGGGGUGGCCGCGUGGUUGUCGGGGGCAAUCAGUCUGAACGCAGUCCAGACGAGCGAACAGUCGCUGGUAGUACGAAACAUCUCUUGGAGCCCGAUGACCUGCCAUCUCCGAAGCGACCUUCCCUGGAGUUUGCUCAAAUUGCCAUCCAACAACGUGACACCCCUUCGCUCAAUAUCGAUGCGUUUCUCACUCUCUGUGAGAUCCCUCUGGACUACCAGCCAAUCAGAGAUGUCAUUGCAAAGCAUGACAUCUUCCACUGGACCGCUUUUGAAGGUGCCACCGAACAAGGCUUGUUGAAUCUUGGUUUGAAGUGGGGCCCUGUACAAUCAAUCUUGUAUGGGGUCAAGAAGGCAGUCCAGUAUUGUCAACCCCAGUAUUAG